AUGUCGCACCAGAUCGGGUUUAACGCUAGUUCCUACGUUGAAUUACCUAAUUUUACGUAUAACUCUACUUAUCUAUCUAUCUAUCUAUCUAUCUAUCUAUCUAUCUAUCUAUCUAUCUAUUUGCCUGUCUGUCUGUCUAACCUAUGUCACAACCGGUCGACUGAAGGUUUCCUCUCUUGCUGUCGACUUCUUUCUCUCGCACACCCCUUACACGUCGAGUCAGAAUUUUUCUCCCUACGCAAUCCCAAUUUGAGUCGCUACUGGCUGCCCACAAGCCCAGUAAGUACUUUUUUGUCGAAUAUGGAUUUGUGUAUGUGUGGUCACAUCUAUCUAUCUAUCUAUCUAUCUAUCUAUCUAUCUAAAAAUCACGCACAUAUAUUGUCGUGCAUGUGCGUGUGCUUGUGUGUGUGUGUGUUCUAUUCGUGCUCUCUCAUUCUUUCUCCAUCUCUCUCUCUCUCUCUCUCUCUCUCUCUCUCUCUCUCUCUCUCUCUCGUUCUUUCUUUGAGAACACGUCUUUGUGUAGAUUAA